GCGACCGCUAUUUAUCGCAUCAACAUCUCUAGACUCCAUGAAAACAAAGAGCAUUCUGAGACACAACACGCCCGGCUCUCAGGAUACUCAUCCCGUUUCGCCAACUUACUCGGGGCAUAAUUGCUCUAGGUCAAGUUAGAGGGCUAUUGCCCCGUUCUUGUUCGAUAUGCGAUUCCUACUCCUCAUGGCUCUGACCGCGUCGGCGCCAGCUUUCCGACAGGUUGCCGCCCUAUCAAUACACCUGACUGAACGAGAGAAACCAGCCGUCGUUUCGAUUCCAGUAGAAUACCGCCCCGUAUCAUCAGAAUUUAUCACAGAGGCAACCACGCCCCUGAUCAAUAUUUCUGUCGGAACGCCAGCACAAGUCGUUAGCGUUGCGGUAGACCUUCAACGCUCUUCCAAUUCUCUACUUGUGCCAGACAUUCCGAAAUACCAUCCAGUAUUUAAGGGCUAUAACUGUUCUGAUGAUGAUUACUGCACACUUAUGGGUUACUUUGAUCCCGACAAGUCGUCUACAUUCAAGAAUAUAUCGGACCCUUACGGCCCCACCGGCUCGGAUUCCAUGUUAGUUGGCGGCCAGAGAGUAGAAAACGUUUCAAUGUCUCUUUUUACUAUCGAUACAGAUACCUACAGUACUCUGGGUGUUGGGCAACAACUGAGCUUUCCAUUUCAAUUGGUGGAUCAAGGCUUAAUCAAUUCUCCGUCAUUCAGCCUCUGGAGCGAUACAUCGCAAGAUAAGGGAUAUCUGCUCUUCGGUGGGGUUAACCAAGGACUGUACACGGGGACGCUCCAAGCUUUUCCUUUCCCAGGCCAGAUUCCAGGAGCAAAUGGUACUGUAAGCUUGCCAAUCGCAUCAGUUGUCGUGGAGAGCAGCGGCAACAGUACAAGGCACGAUCUCGACUCGCCGGCAGUAUUGUCCACGGUCGACAGCCACACUUUUCUUCCCAAUAGUACAGUACAGAAGAUUUAUGCCGAUCUUGGCAUCACGCCGACUUUUGUACCAGACUUUGGUACUGCUAUUCCCUACGUCGACUGCGCUAGACAGCAUUCGGAGAACCACACCAUCUCCUUGCUGUUUGGCAACGCAACCAUUUCAGCCCCUUGGAGCGCUCUGGUCCAAUCUCUUGGAAACAAUACGUGCGAGCUCGCAAUCUACAGCUAUGAGCCAGAGAAGGAUGUUGGACCAGGCAGCCAGAUACAAAUCGGGGCUAUUUUCCUGCGGUAUAUGUAUUUGGUUGUGGAUUAUGAGAACAUGUUUGCCGCUGUGGCACCACUUAAUCCUAGCCCAGGGUUUAAUAAAGUUUUGGAGAUCGGAAAUGGGCCCCGAAUUCCAGACGCAGAUGGAAACUUCCCGGCUACAAUUACUACAUACGGGGCACCUACGCCAACGCCAACCAAAGAAGCUCUGUCAACAUCGUCAUCGCGGGCCGUGGCAAUUAAACCUAGAGAGAAUGGUUUAACAUCUGGAUUUACAGGAGCAUUGCUCGCCGUAUGUUAUUUAAUAAUAUAGAUUAUACUAAUAUAAAUCACAUGGGUCUUAUCAAGGGACAGGCGUUGGACUUGUGCUACCCCAGUCUCAUAAG